AUGCCACCCAGGAGGAGAUCACUGAGACUAAAGAAGCAUGAAGAAGGAGAAGGAACAAUAAAGAACAAUAGGAAGCUGGUUGAUGUUAUGGGCUCUGAUUCACCUGCUAACAUCAUCAACAAGGCAUAUCAAGCUCCAACAGGUUCUCUUAUACAUGCUGAUACUUUCAACAUGACACAAGUAGAUAUACCAGAAAUGGAGGAGGCAAGUGAGGCUGAAAUGUCAGCGCCAAAUCACUUAGAUCAAAUGGAAGGGCCUAAUAUUCAAGCAUCAAGAGCAAAUAAGAAUCAUAACAAGUCUAUUUCAAUGGCUGAACGUCCAUCCCGAUCUUUCAGCCUCAAUCAAACUGAAAUGGUCAAGAUGUGUGAUGAUAAUGAAGAUGAGGUUAACUCUGUCGGACAGAGCUUGCCAACGGGCACAGUUGAUGCAUACCAAGUGAAGCCAGAAUCCAUACCCCUACUAAAAAAAAUCCUCAAUAAGCAUGGAGAUAUUGCUAAGAAUUGUACCAUAUCAACAAUGAAAUACCGUUCAACGUUGUUGGAGAUGAUAUGUGAUAUCUUCUCAGAAUUGCAAGACGAGGAUCUUGGUAAAAUCAAAGAAGAUAACCUGCAAGAUAUGAUUGCUCUUGUGAAUGAAAUGAAAAAUAUGAAAGUGGACAUAGGGUGGCUUCAGAUGAGACUGUUUCAGAUACUUGAGGCAAAACAUAUUCUUAGUCAAUCUAGCACACUCAAAGAAGCUGAAAAGAAAAAUAAUGCUGUGGCAGAAAAGCUCCGAUCAAUCCAUGCUAAAGAGACUAUUUGCAAGGAGACACUGGCUAAAGCAAGGGACGAGUGUACAGCAAUAGCUGCAACUAUUGCAGAUGCCAAAUCUAAAGUGAGGCGCUUUCACAAGUGCUCACUGGUAGAUGGUUUGCUUUAA